GGUAUAAAUAGCCAACACAGCUUAACAAAGUUUCACAACCCAACGCUUUCUCAGGCUACCUAAUUGGAUCUCUAAUUAUACAAAUUAAACUCUUCCAUUUUUCAUGGCUUCCGAUCUCUCUGUCAUCCUCCCUCGUGUUCUCAUCGUCUCUAGACGCAGCGUACGCAAGAACAAGUUCGUCGAUUUUGUAGGGGAAUAUCAUCUUGAUCUUAUAGUAAGUUAUGGUGCCGUACCAGUUAUUGUGCCUCGUGUUAGUGGAGUGCAUAUGUUGCUGGACAGUUUCGAGCCGAUCCACGGAGUUCUUCUUUGUGAAGGCGAGGACAUUGAUCCAUCUUUAUAUCAAGAUGAAACAACUAAUCUUUCACCCGCAGAAUUAGAAGAAAUCAGGAGGAUGCACGCUAGCGAUACAGCUACUGAUAAAGAGAAAGAUUCAAUUGAAUUAAGGCUUGCUAAACUUUGCCUGGAAAGGAACAUACCUUAUUUAGGAAUUUGCAGAGGGUCGCAGAUUUUAAAUGUUGCUUGUGGAGGUACUCUUUAUCAAGAUAUAGAAAAAGAAGUAUCGAGUAAAUAUCAGGAAUAUCAAAGAGUAAAGCAUAUCGAUUAUGAUAAUUAUGAUGCGCAUAGACAUGUAGUUGAGGUAGUUGAGAAUAGCCCUUUGCAAGAUUGGUUCAAAGAUUCUCUGGAUAAAGAUAAAAUGGAAAUUUUUGUUAAUAGUUAUCAUCAUCAAGGUGUCAAGAGACUAGCUCAAAGAUUUGUGCCUAUGGCGUUUGCUCCUGAUGGUUUGAUUGAAGGGUUUUAUGAUCCUGAUGCUUAUAACCCUGAAGAGGGUAAAUUCAUUAUGGGGCUUCAAUUCCAUCCGGAGCGAAUGAGACGUUCAGACACCGACGAGUUCGACUAUCCAGGAUGUCCAAAGGCUUAUCAGGAAUUUGUAAAGGCUGUGAUCGCCUACCAAAAGAAGCUCAAUAGUGUGACUUCCGUGACAAAGCCUAUAAAGCUAAAUCAAGAAAUGGAGAAGAAAAGAAAAGUUAUAAUCCGAAGCUUUUCGCUUGCAAGAAAUUUGUACAGUAAUGGAAAAGAAAUGCACCCAUCAAAACACUCAGAACUGGAAGCUGGGGCAGAAUUUCUAGAGUCAAACACAGCCUUGAGUUUGCAACAAGAAACUAGGCUAAAACAGAUGGGAGCAACAGUGAGGAACGGAGGUUCCUAUAUUGAGAAAUUGAAGUUCAAUGAAGAAAGAGAGAUAUUAGCAAGAAAUGUGAUGGGGAAAAUGUCAGCAGGGCAGUUGUCUGAUCUGUCAUCUUUUUACCGCAUGAUGGGCCAGAUUUGCUCUGAAAUGUUGGAAAGAAAGCUUAGUGGCAUUGUCAACGACACUGCUGCUUCUUGAUGCAGUUUGUUCUUUCUCAUUGCUUUCAGUUUCAUCACAAGAAUCACUUGGGAUGAUUCACUUUAUUUUGUCUAUUCACAUGAUGUAUAUGAUGCAAAUGGGAAUUCAUGUUCACUCCUUGUUGCUAUGUCCAAAAUGAGAAAGGAAAAGGCUGAAAUCUUAAAAUCUCGAAUACUGAUGAAUGUACUAGUACAAAGUUGAAAUCAUUAUUGCUGUAUCAAAUUUUCGGGUUUUCUGGUUAAGUAUUAGAGCUUUUCAAGAUUGCAAA